AUGGAAAUCACGGUACGCGUCGAAGUUCAAUACCACGCGCCAGCUAAUGCCGUCACACGCGAUGUGCUCGAGAUGUUCCGGUCCACGACAUGGGUGCGGUUUAUGAUGCGCUACGUGUCACCGCGGCUCAAAAGCUCAUCGCCUGCAGACCAGGCAAUCCUGGACGAGCUCGAGAGCCAGGAGGUCACAGAGGUACACAAGGGCGAGGAGUGCGUCAUCUGCAUGAGCGAGAACCCGUGUGACGGCCACGUGGCUCUGCCCUGCGGCCACACAUUCCACUACCCGUGCAUCUCGUCCUGGCUACAGAGCCAGAGCACAUGCCCCGUGUGCCGCUUCCAGUUUCCCAAGGCUUUUACGGGCAAGUACGCCGUGCUAAAGCUCAAGUCGUCCAUGGUGCUCGCCGAGGAGCAGGCCAAGAUGCCGCGCGUUGAGCUGCUUGCACUCGACAUCGGGAAGAAGGUUGUGUGUGCCGUCGUGAGCGUCACCCUUGUCAAGGUCGCGGCCGAGGGGGAUGAUGAGGAAUUUCCGUGCGAGCUGAGCGCCUGGAUGCUGGACCCCUCGACAGGAGAGACCUUUUCCGAGCUCGACUGUAUAUUACAAACCGUGUAG